GAUUGAAAAAAAAAAAAUCCACCAGUAGACUGUUUCAAGUUCCCCCAGCAGAAGCUGUGCCUGAUUUGUGGCCAAUGCUGGAGAUGUACGAAAAGGGAGGAAAACACUAAGCGGGUAGCUAUGGAGAUAGACCGUUUUCCUGGCCGCUUCCUUUGACAGGUGUUGAGUAGGUUAAAAGUCUUCAAACAGAGUCCACCAUGUACGCCAAAGGGAAAGGAGCUGUCGUUCCAUCCGAUAGUCAAGCCAGAGAGAAGUUAGCUUUAUACGUGUACGAGUACUUGUUGCAUGUUGGGGCCCAGAAAUCAGCACAGACCUUCCUUUCCGAGAUCCGAUGGGAGAAGAACAUUACGCUAGGGGAGCCUCCUGGAUUCCUCCAUUCAUGGUGGUGUGUAUUCUGGGAUUUGUACUGUGCUGCUCCAGACCGCCGUGAGACCUGCGAGCACUCCAGUGAGGCCAAGGCCUUCCAUGACUAUAGUGCAGCAGCAGCCCCCAGCCCCGUAAUGGGCAACAUGCCCCCCAAUGAUGGCAUGCCAGGCGGACCAAUGCCCCCUGGUUUCUUUCAGGGCCCUCCCGGCUCGCAGCCGUCACCACACGCACAGCCUCCCCCACACAAUGCCAGCAACCCAAUGAUGGGACCACACGGCCAGCCUUUUAUGUCUCCACGGUACCCUGGUGGACCUCGGCCGUCUCUUCGCAUGCCAAAUCAGCCUCCUGUAGGGGUUCCAGGUUCACAACCACUACUGCCAAACAGUUUGGACCCAACCAGGCCGCAAGGACAUCCUAACAUGGGCGGUCCAAUGAGAAUGAAUCCUCCCAGGGGGAUGGGUGGCAUGGGCCCUCAGAACUAUGGUGGUAUGAGGCCUCCUCCCAACUCUCUAGGUGGUCCAGGCAUGCCCGGAAUGAACAUGGGUCCUGGAGGACGUGGCCCCUGGCCAAACCCCAAUGCUAACUCGAUAGCAUACUCCUCCUCAUCUCCAGGCAACUACGUGGGUCCUCCAGGAGGAGGUGGUCCACCAGGAACUCCCAUAAUGCCAAGCCCAGGAGACUCCACAAACUCCAGUGAAAAUAUCUACACAAUGAUGAACCCUAUUGGACCAGGAGGAAACAGACCCAGUUUCCCCAUGGGUCCUGGUCCAGAUGGCCCGAUGGGCGGCAUGGGUGGCAUGGAACCUCAUCAUAUCAACGGAUCGUUAGGCUCUGGUGACAUGGAUGGGUUGCCAAAGAACUCCCCCAACAACAUGGCAGGGAUGAACAACCCACCAGGCACACCGCGGGAUGAUGGAGAAAUGGGAGGAAACUUCCUCAAUCCAUUCCAAAGUGAAAGUUAUUCACCCAACAUGACGAUGAGUGUGUGAUUUCUUCUUAUUUUAUUGUUUUAUUUGGGGUUUUCUUUUUUGCUUUGUUCAAACUCCCUCCGACUGCCCCGCUCCUUUUUUAACCCCUUCCCCCCUUCACGUCGAUCAACCCCCGGCACCCUCUGCCCACGGAACUCUGGCUUUUUCUGCACAGCCUUCUGGGAUGCCCCACGAGCAGAGGACUCACAUGAAAGUGGCCCAUCCCAGCUUGUGCAAAAUGGCCACCAGCAACAGGAAACAGUCCCAGAGCCACAGGAAGAGCUUGUUGAGCGAAUCUCCCUGCCUUCCGGACUUCCUCACCGGUUCAGGACACUAACGGGGGUGAACACACAAAGGAAGGCAGGUGUGUGUGUGUGUUUGAGCAGACACACGCUUCCCCGGGCUGCUCACUUUAUGAACUCACUCCACUUUUUUGAUUCAUUUUUUUAAUCUUUGAAUGGAUGCAGUCAUUUUUACAGUGGAAAUAUCUGCACCUUUUUCCU